GAGGACGAUGAAGACAUGGAGGAUGAGUCAAUUUACACCUGCGAUCACUGUCAGCAGGACUUCGAGUCUCUGGCAGACCUGACGGACCACCGGGCCCACCGCUGUCCUGGAGAUGGUGAUGACGACCCACAACUCUCCUGGGUGGCCUCGUCUCCCUCCAGCAAGGAUGUUGCGUCACCCACGCAGAUGAUCGGAGAUGGCUGCGACCUCGGCCUCGGCGAGGAGGAAGGGGGCACGGGCCUGCCGUACCCUUGCCAGUUCUGCGACAAGUCCUUCAUCCGCCUGAGCUACUUGAAGAGGCACGAGCAGAUCCACAGCGACAAGCUGCCGUUCAAGUGCACCUACUGCAGCCGCCUCUUCAAGCACAAGAGGAGCCGUGACCGGCACAUCAAGCUGCACACGGGCGACAAGAAGUACCACUGUCACGAGUGCGAGGCGGCGUUCUCCCGCAGCGACCACCUCAAGAUCCACCUGAAGACCCACAGCUCCAGCAAGCCCUUCAAGUGCACCGUGUGCAAGCGCGGCUUCUCCUCCACCAGCUCGCUGCAGAGCCACAUGCAGGCCCACAAGAAGAACAAGGAGCAUCUGGCCAAGUCGGAGAAGGAAGCCAAGAAGGACGACUUCAUGUGCGACUACUGCGAGGACACCUUCAGCCAGACCGAGGAGCUGGAGAAGCACGUGCUCACCCGCCACCCGCAGCUCUCGGAGAAGGCGGACCUGCAGUGCAUCCACUGCCCCGAGGUCUUCGUCGACGAGAACGCGCUGCUCGCCCACAUCCACCAAGCCCACGCCAACCAGAAGCACAAGUGCCCCAUGUGUCCCGAGCAGUUCUCCUCGGUGGAGGGCGUCUACUGCCACCUGGACAGCCACCGACAGCCUGACUCCAGCAACCACAGCGUCAGUCCCGACCCCGUGCUGGGCAGCGUGGCCUCCAUGAGCAGCGCCACGCCUGACUCCAGUGCCUCCGUGGAGCGGGGCUCCACCCCGGACUCCACCCUGAAGCCGCUGCGGACACAGAAGAAGAUGCGGGAUGACGGGCAGGGCUGGUCCAAGGUGGUCUACAGCUGCCCCUAUUGUUCCAAGCGGGACUUCAACAGCCUGGCCGUGCUGGAGAUCCACCUGAAGACCAUCCACGCGGAUAAGCCCCAGCAGAGCCACACGUGUCAGAUCUGCCUGGACUCCAUGCCCACCCUCUACAACCUCAACGAGCACGUGCGCAAGCUGCACAAGAACCACGCCUACCCCGUGAUGCAGUUCGGCAACCUCUCCGCCUUCCACUGCAACUACUGCCCCGAGAUGUUCGCGGACAUCAACAGCCUGCAGGAGCACAUCCGCGUCUCCCACUGCGGCCCCAACGCCAACCCGCCCGACGGCAACAACGCCUUCUUCUGCAACCAGUGCUCCAUGGGCUUCCUCACCGAGUCCUCCCUCACCGAGCACAUCCAGCAGGCCCACUGCAGCGUCGGCAGUGCCAAGCUGGAGUCUCCGGUCAUGCAGCCCACGCAGUCCUUCAUGGAGGUCUAUUCCUGCCCCUACUGCACCAACUCGCCCAUCUUCGGCUCCAUCCUGAAGCUCACCAAGCACAUCAAGGAGAACCACAAGAACAUUCCGCUGGCCCACAGCAAGAAGUCCAAGGCAGAGCAGAGCCCGGUGUCGUCUGACGUAGAGGUGUCUUCCCCUAAGCGGCAGCGGCUCUCGGCGAGCGCCAACUCCAUCUCCAACGGCGAGUAUCCUUGCAAUCAGUGCGACCUCAAGUUCUCCAACUUUGAGAGCUUCCAGACACACCUGAAGCUGCACCUGGAGCUGCUGCUGCGGAAGCAGGCGUGCCCACAGUGCAAAGAGGACUUCGACUCCCAGGAGUCCCUCCUGCAGCACCUGACGGUGCAUUACAUGACCACGUCGACGCACUACGUGUGCGAGAGCUGCGACAAGCAGUUCUCCUCGGUGGACGACUUGCAGAAGCACCUGCUGGACAUGCACACCUUUGUGCUGUACCACUGCACCCUGUGUCAGGAGGUCUUCGACUCCAAGGUGUCCAUCCAGGUGCACCUGGCGGUGAAGCACAGCAACGAGAAGAAGAUGUACCGCUGCACGGCCUGUAACUGGGACUUCCGCAAGGAGGCCGACCUGCAGGUGCAUGUCAAACACAGCCACCUGGGCAACCCGGCCAAGGCACACAAGUGCAUCUUCUGCGGGGAGACCUUCAGCACCGAGGUGGAGCUGCAGUGCCACAUCACCACGCACAGCAAGAAGUACAACUGCAAGUUCUGCAGCAAGGCCUUCCACGCCAUCGUCCUGCUGGAGAAGCACCUGCGGGAGAAGCACUGUGUGUUUGAUGCCACGACCGAGAAUGGCACGGCCAACGGGGUGCCCCCUACGGCCGCCAAGAAGGCCGAGCCCGCUGACCUGCAGGGCAUGCUGCUUAAGAACCCCGAGGCGCCCAACAGCCACGAGGCCAGCGAGGACGACGUGGAUGCGUCGGAGCCCAUGUACGGCUGUGACAUCUGCGGGGCGGCCUACACCAUGGAGGUGCUGCUGCAGAACCACCGGCUGCGGGACCACAACAUCCGGCCGGGCGAGGACGACGGCUCGCGCAAGAAGGCCGAGUUCAUCAAGGGCAGCCACAAGUGCAACGUCUGCUCACGGACCUUUUUCUCGGAGAACGGGCUCCGGGAGCACCUGCAAACGCACCGGGGCCCUGCCAAGCACUACAUGUGUCCCAUCUGUGGCGAGCGCUUCCCCUCACUGCUGACGCUCACCGAGCACAAGGUGACCCACAGCAAGAGCCUGGACACGGGCACCUGUCGCAUCUGCAAGAUGCCCCUGCAGAGUGAGGAGGAGUUCAUCGAGCACUGCCAGAUGCACCCCGACCUGCGCAACUCACUCACGGGCUUCCGCUGCGUGGUCUGCAUGCAGACGGUCACCUCCACGCUGGAGCUCAAGAUCCACGGCACCUUCCACAUGCAGAAGCUGGCAGGCAGCUCGGCCGCGUCCUCCCCCAACGGGCAGGGGCUGCAGAAGCUCUAUAAGUGUGCCCUGUGCCUCAAGGAGUUCCGCAGCAAGCAGGACCUGGUGAAGCUCGACGUCAACGGGCUGCCCUAUGGCCUCUGUGCUGGCUGCAUGGCCCGCAGUGCCAACGGACAGGUGGGCGGCCUGGCUCCGCCCGAGCCCGCUGACCGGCCCUGUGCUGGCCUCCGCUGCCCCGAGUGCAGCGUCAAGUUUGAGAGUGCUGAGGACCUGGAAAGCCACAUGCAGGUGGACCACCGCGACCUCACGCCAGAGACCAGUGGGCCCCGGAAAGGUGCCCAGACGUCGCCAGUGCCCCGGAAAAAGACGUACCAGUGCAUCAAGUGCCAGAUGACCUUCGAGAAUGAGCGAGAGAUACAAAUCCACGUUGCCAACCACAUGAUUGGUAACCACUAUGAUUAA